AUGGAGUUCAAAGAUCUAGAUCCUAGACUUUCUCGUGCUUUAUCAAAACUCAACUUUCAUAAGCCAACUUUAAUUCAAGCAAAAGCCAUCCCGUUGGCGUUGGCGGGAAAAGAUAUUUUGGCGCGGGCCCGUACCGGAAGCGGAAAAACUGCUGCUUAUUGUCUACCUAUAGUUCAAAAGAUCUUGGUUAACAAAGAAGCUUUACCAGAAUCUUCUUCAGAACGUAUCACAACGCGUUCAAUCAUCUUAGUCCCUACUCGAGAACUUGCUGUUCAAAUAACGAAAUUCUUGAGUGAUUUAUUAAUAUAUUGCUCAAAGGAUGUGAAAGUCGCCAACCUGGCUGGUAACAUUCCUGUGCAAUUACAAAAGUCAAUAUUACUAGAAAAGCCGGAUAUAAUUGUCGCAACACCGAGUCGUGCAUUAGCACAUCUCGAAUCACAAUCUUUAAUCGUUUACAAUAGUCUAGAGUCACUUGUUAUCGAUGAAGCAGAUCUUAUUCUCUCAUAUGGUUAUGAAGAAGAUCUUCAAAAGAUUUUGACAUAUCUUCCAAAAAUAUUUCAAAGCUUAUUGAUGAGUGCAACACUGACGAAGGAUGUUGAAAAUUUAAAACAACUUUUAUUACGAAAUCCGGCUAUUCUAACGCUACAUGAGGAAAAGGAAGACAAUCUAUUAACACAAUACGCCGUGAGAUGUUCGGAAAUGGAUAAGUUUCUUUUGAUAUAUGUUAUAUUGAAACUUCGGUUAAUUCAUGGAAAAUGCAUAAUAUUUGUUAAUGACAUUGAUCGAUGUUAUCGACUGAAAUUAUUUUUAGAACAAUUCUCAAUAAAAAGUUGUGUUUUGAAUUCAGAAUUACCCUUAAAUUCUAGAUAUCAUAUAGUACAGGAAUUUAAUAAGGGGGUUUAUGAUUAUAUUAUUGCAACAGAUGAAGGAGAUUUUAAAAAUUCAGAAUCAAAUGUGGAUGAAGAAGUUCAAACGAGUAAAAAAUCAACAUCUGAAAAUAAAAGCAAGAAAAAAUUGCGAUUACAAAAGAAAGAUAAAGAAUAUGGAGUAUCUCGUGGUGUUGAUUUUAUAAAUGUGGCAGCAGUUAUUAAUUUUGAUUUUCCAACUUCAGCAAAAUCUUAUACUCAUAGGGUAGGGCGUACUGCUCGAGCUAAUCAGAGAGGAAUGAGUUUAAGUUUUGUUGUUCCCAAAGAACUUGUCGGACAGAACAAGAAUGUUACGUGUUCAACAGCAAAACAGGAUGAAAAAAUUUAUUCUCGUGUAGAGAAAAAACAAUCUCUUACAAAUUCUGUAAUAAAACCUUAUUCAUUUGAAAUGAAGCAAUUAGAGGGAUUUCGUUAUCGUGUGGAAGAUGCAUUGAGGGCGGUUACACGUAUUGCUGUUAAAGAAGCACGGUUGAAGGAUGUUAAAUCAGAAAUAUUGAAUUCUGAAAAAUUAAAGGCGCAUUUUGAGGAUAAUCCUAAUGAUUUAAAAAUUUUGCGUCAUGAUACUACAAUUCAUCCGGCAAGAGUUCAACAACACAUGAAACAUAUACCUUCUUAUUUAAUGCCAAAAAUUGCACCACCUUCUGGCGUUAGUUCUACACAAGAGGAUAACGAAGAUUUAGGGUCUAUCCCUUUUCGUAAGAAUCCACCAAAACGAUUAUCCAAGAAUCGCCAUAAGAAACGCAAAAAUGAUCCUUUAAAAACUUUUAGAAUUAGUGAUACCUUUUCAACUAAUAAAAGACAGAGGAAGAAAUGA